UCAGCAUACUCUUUUCCCACCGGCCCGGCAUCGGUAUAUACUCAUACGCACUUGGAUAGCGAGAAACGUCUUGAAGGCUUUCAACAAAUCACAACUUCAAACCCCGUUACAAAAAUAUUAUUUUUCUCAAAGCAAACGAUGUUUUCUAUCUACCAUUUCCUCUUUCUUGCCUCGAUCGGCCUAUUCCUGGAUAAACUAUCACCAGUGGAAGCAACGUGUCGGAAAGAUGUCGGGACAACUCCGUAUGAAUGUAUCAAAGCACUAGGAAAAAUCACGUACAACGCCGAUGGCACGCUUCCGAAAACUCAAACCUCGGUCAAAGCAAUGUUCAAAAGCUGUCUUAUAAUCGUAGAUAAUCCAACCGGUGUUGUGGUCACCGAAGAAAAAAUCAUCAAUGUCGCUUUAACUCUUUUCCAGCAAUGUUACCAAUCUGGUGGUCGUCUUCAACUUCCAGAUAACCCGACAGUCGGUGUUGAGAUUGCUCAACCUGCUCAAGCAGGCUCACAGUUGGAGGUCUAUAAUCCCGACUUCCCGAUCCACAAAGCAUCAUGUGCUGAGGUCAAAGCAAGGGUCAGGAUAGUGCCAGACGACUGCAUGAAGGCCUACGAUGACCUGCCAAGCGAUCCCCAAGGUCGCAUAAGCUCUAGGAACCAAGCCCCAACAAGCUCGAUCGGAUUGACCUACAAAUCGUGCAACAUUAAUCUCGUCACCACGGAUGGCUCAAUGAUUCGAAUGAUGAAAAGUGAGGCCCGGUCUUAUUUUCAAACUUUGACUCAACAAUGUGGUGGAAAGUGGGGUUACAUCAAAAUGAUGGGAACAGACGGAAACAAUGGAAGGACUAUCAUGCACACUUUCUCUGAUGCUCAGUCUGCCAAGAGGAUGCGGGCUUGAAUCAAGUAAAUCAAUAUGUAAAAAUUUAAUCCAGUGGGUAGAAUUGAUUUCAUGUAACAAAUUUGAUGUUUUACUUGUUCAAAAGGGGGUAUUAAAUAUAAGAACUCCACCAUUAGAAACUAG